GCAACAGACAUGGCCUGUUGGUCCCCAGCAGUACGACAGACCAAGAGCUUCAACAUAUCCGCAACAGUCUUCCCGAUUCUGUACGAAUUCAGCGCGUGGAGGAGCGUCUCUCAGCGCUGGGCAACGUCACUACCUGCAAUGACUACGUAGCUCUUGUUCACCCAGAUCUCGACAGGGAAACGGAAGAGAUCUUGGCAGAUGUACUCAAGGUUGAGGUUUUCAGACAGACGGUAGCAGAUCAAGUACUGGUAGGAAGUUACUGUGUUUUUAGUAACCAAGGAGGAAUUGUGCACCCCAAAACUUCCAUCGAUGAUCAAGAUGAACUGUCUUCGUUGCUGCAGGUCCCACUUGUGGCUGGAACGGUGAAUCGGGGCAGCGAGGUCAUUGCAGCGGGAAUGGUUGUCAACGACUGGUGCGCCUUCUGCGGGCUGGACACGACCAGCACCGAGCUCUCGGUCAUCGAGAGCAUCUUCAAGCUGAACGAAGCUCAGCCAAGCACCAUCGCUACCAACAUGAGAGAUUCUUUGAUUGACAGCUUGACAUAG